AAAUUAUUAUUCAAGCCGGUGCUAUUAUUAAAUAUCUACACUACAGUCUACCCUUUAUUUUGUUCAUUACGCUGAAAGUAACUUAAUAGUUAUCAUAUUUUUUUUCUGAGUGAUACUUUAUUGAACUUGUAAAUAUUGUCUUAACCUUUUUAUAAAUGUGUAAUUAAGUUCAAUAAAUUAUAUUAUCUAAUGAAUAUUUAUACAGAUUAUUCUCAAAAAUGCCCGGAUUGCCACAAAUGUUUUUAUUCUGCUACAUCAUUAUUAGUACAUUUUUUUAGUCAUGUCGAAGAAGAAAAAUUGGUUAAAGCUGAUAACAAUAAAAGUAGUUCAACUUCUAAAAAAAAACCAGUAGAAACUAGUAAUUAUGGAUCUUCUAAGCCAUUAAAAUUGACAGUGGGUGAAACUCUUAAUCCUUGGAAAUAUUGUUUGGCUACAUUUGAAGAGAAUAAUGAUAACCCAGUUAAAUCAAUUAAAAAAGUAACUAAAAAAAAUAAAGAAAAAGACAAAGCUUUUGAGUGUAGUUUGUGUAGUAAAAAAUUUGGGUGGACAACUGAUCUUAAAAGGCAUUUACUCAUUCAUACAGGAGAAAGGCCCUUUAAAUGUAACUUGUGCCAAGCAGCAUUUACUAGAAACUUUUUACUCCAAAAACAUUUUGCUCGAGCUCAUAAAAAGGUAUCUGAAGACGAAUCAAAAAAGUUGGAAAACCAUGUACAUGCUAAUGUUACAGAAAUUAAAUUAAAAAUGAAAGAACUAGAGUGCCAAAAGGAACAUAGUAAGUCUGCUUAAAAUAAUGACAGUUAAUAACGUUAAUUAUUUUAGUAAUUUUACUUAAAAUAAACCAUUUAAUUUAUAAUAAUAAUUGUUACUAAAGAACU